AUGACUGUAGCCGUCCAAAAAGCUCAUGUCCACGAAAGUGGAAUCAAACCAUACUUCCAGCAGCAAAUUCAAGAAACGGAAUUGAAAAUCCAAUCCACCACACAGAAUCUUCGCAGAUUGGAAGCGCAACGUAAUAAAUUGAAUAAUAAAGUCAGACAAUUGAAGGAUGAAUUGAGAUUGUUACAAGAACCUGGCUCAUAUGUCGGAGAAGUGGUCAAAGUCAUGGGUUUAAAGAAAGUUCUCGUCAAAAUCCACCCAGAAGGGAAGUAUAUUGUCAACAUUUCCAAAGACAUUGACAUCAAGAAAUUGACACCAUCUUUAAGAGUUUGUCUUAAGGCCGAUUCCUACGAUUUACAUAAAAUUCUCCCUAACAAGGUAGACCCAUUGGUGUCUUUGAUGAUGGUUGAGAAAGUUCCAGACUCUACGUACGACAUGGUUGGUGGUUUGGACAAACAGAUCAAGGAAAUCAAGGAAGUCAUUGAAUUGCCUGUGAAGCACCCAGAGUUAUUUGAAAGUUUGGGUAUUGCCCAGCCUAAAGGUGUGAUCUUAUACGGACCCCCUGGUACCGGUAAGACCUUGUUGGCUAGAUCAGUAGCUCAUCACACUGAGUGUAAGUUUAUCAGGGUAUCUGGGUCUGAAUUAGUGCAGAAGUAUAUCGGUGAGGGUUCCAGAAUGGUCAGAGAAUUGUUCAUAAUGGCCAGAGAGCAUGCACCAUCCAUCAUUUUCAUGGAUGAAAUCGAUUCCAUUGGUUCAUCCAGAGUGGAGGGCUCCAGCGGUGGUGACUCCGAAGUGCAGAGAACCAUGUUGGAACUUUUGAACCAGUUGGAUGGGUUUGAAUCUUCCAAAGACAUCAAGAUUAUUAUGGCUACUAACAGAUUGGAUAUCUUAGAUCCAGCAUUAUUGAGACCAGGAAGAAUUGAUAGAAAGAUUGAGUUCCCAGCUCCAACAGUUACUGCCAGAACUGAUAUCUUGAAGAUUCAUUCCAGAUCUAUGAAUUUGACCAGAGGAAUCAACUUGAGAAAAAUCGCAGAAAAGAUGAACGGGUGCUCUGGUGCCGAUGUUAAGGGUGUCUGCACAGAAGCAGGAAUGUAUGCCUUAAGAGAAAGGAGAAUACAUAUCACUCAAGAGGAUUUUGAGUUGGCUGUAGCAAAGGUUAUGUCAAAGAAUGACGAAGGUGCUGUUUCGUUGGCUAAGUUGUUCAAGUAG